GUUCGAGUGGCGCGGGCCGGGCGCCGCGGAGCGCGGGAGCCGGCUCUUCGACCUCGCGUCGUCCGUCGUCGACAACGGCUUCCGGCUCGCGCGGGCCUGCUGCGACGCGCCGCGGGACGUCCUCGACCGCGACUGGCUCGGCGGGCCGGGCCAGUGCCUGGAGGCGCUGUUCGGCGCGGGCGACGAGGCGCGGUGGGCGACCGCGGUCGUCCGCCUCGCGGCGGCGGCGAAGAAGAUCGCCGCGGGCCAGCCGGGCCUCGUGCGGGCGCGCCUCCCGACGAAGAUCUUCGGCGACGUGCACGGCCAGCUCCGGGACCUGCUCGUGCUCUUCGGCAGCUUCGGCUUCCCGUCGCACAAGCGCGGCGGCGACGUCGAGCUCUGCAGCUACGUCUUCAACGGCGACUACAUCGACCGGGGCACGCACCAGUGCGAGGUCGUGGCGCUCCUCUUCGCGCUGAAGGUUUUGUACCCGACGCGGAUCUACCUGCUCCGGGGCAACCACCUGUGCAACCACGAGUUCAAGGCGACGUCCGAGAACAUGAAGCAGGACAGCUUCCUCGCGGCGGUGGCGCGCACGUUCCCGGACCACCCGGAGGUCUACGAUGCCUGUUUUGAUGUGUUUGCGUUCCUGCCGCUGGCCGGGCUCGUGGGCGACCGCAUCCUGGUCGUCCACGGCGGCGUCGGCGACGGCUCGUGGUCGCUCGAGGACCUCAACGACAUCCGGCGGCCGCUGGCGUCGCUGGGCGGCGAGGAGGCCUGGGUCACGCAGGCCCUCUGGUCCGACCCGUCCGACUCCGACGCGGACAUGCGGCGCGGCGUCCACAACUCGCCGCGCGGCGCUGUGCGCGGCGGCAAGAUCGUCACCUUCGGCCCGGACGUCACGGAGAAGUUCUGCGACGACAACGCGGUGGACGUCGUCGUGCGCUCCCACCAGUACGUCCGCCACGGCUACAAGUACAUGCACGGCGGCCGGCUCGUGACCCUCUUCUCCGCGCGGAACUACUUCGGCAAGGAGCGCAACGACAGCGCGAUCCUCCUCGUCGCGCGCGACGGCUACGGCCAGAUCCGCAUCCGCCCCAAGCGCCUGCCGGCGCUGGGAGCCGACGGCGCCGACUACCCGAGCCUCGCCUCGCAGACCGGCACGGUGCGCGCGACCCUCGAGGAGCUCGACUUCGUCGUCUCCGCCGCCGUCGACCUCGAGACGCAGACGGCCACCGUCGAGGUCCAGGACGGCGCGUGCAAGUGCGUGAAGAAGGACGACGGCAAGUGCCCCUGCGGCGCCAACUGCCAGUGCGCCCAGGCGGCCAUGCGCUCGGCGCUCAAGGCGGUGGGCUACACGUCCGAGGUCACGAACUGCGGCGCGAGCGGCGCGGGCAAGCCCUGCCCCGCCCAGGCGCUGGGCACCUGCACGUGCGGGCCCGACUGCCAGUGCGGCGACAACUGCGACUGCGCGUCGUGCCCCGCCAAGUGCGGCGAGAAGUCCGUCGCGUGCCCGGCGCAAGCGCUCGGCACGUGCACGUGCGGGCCGAACUGCCAGUGCGGCGACAACUGCACCUGCGCCUCCUGCCCCGCCAAGUGCGGGCAGCAGAGCGCCGCCUGCCCGGCCAAGGCCCUCGGCACGUGCACCUGCGGCCCGAACUGCCAGUGCGGCGCGGACUGCGCCUGCGCGUCGUGCCCGGGCAAGGCGACGAAAGUCGCGGUCCCGGACGUCCUCGUCAAGGUCGGCGCGGCGCUCGCGCUGCUGACCAUCGGCUUCAUCGCCGGCCGCAAGCUCAAGCUCUAG